CGGGUGGUCGCGCCGUGACGUCAAGGUGUUUCCCGGUGACGUCAGCAGCUCAUGCGCAGUGGCCAAGGCGGCGAUUCUGGGUGACGUCACGGGGCCGGGCGUGACGUGCCGGUGGCACGGGCCGCUGGGAGCUGGCCGGGACCUGCGCUCGCCCCCCUCCCCCUUCCCACUACGGGUCGCGGCUGGGGGCGUCCCGGCGGCGGGGACGCGGCUGCCCCCUCCCCCUCCCUCGCCACAGCGCUUCGGUCCAAGAUGGCGGCGCUGAGCAGCGGCAGCAGCGCGGAGGGGGCCUCGCUCUUCAACGGGGACAUGGAACCUGAGCCGCCGCCGCCCGCGCUCGGCGCCUGCUACGCGGCAGGCAGCGGCGAUCCAGCCAUCCCGGAGGAGGUGUGGAAUAUCAAACAGAUGAUUAAAUUAACACAAGAACAUAUAGAGGCACUGCUAGACAAAUUUGGAGGAGAGCAUAACCCACCAUCGAUAUAUUUAGAGGCCUAUGAAGAGUACACCAGCAAACUAGAUGCUCUACAGCAGAGAGAACAGCAGUUACUGGAAUCCAUGGGGAAUGGAACUGAUUUCUCUGUCUCCAGUUCAGCUUCAACAGACACAGUUGCAUCAUCUUCCUCCUCUAGCCUCUCUGUAGCACCUUCAUCCCUUUCAGUUUAUCAAAACCCUGCUGAUAUGUCACGGAAUAACCCCAAGUCUCCACAGAAGCCUAUUGUUAGAGUCUUCCUGCCCAAUAAGCAAAGGACUGUGGUUCCAGCAAGAUGUGGAGUGACAGUCCGAGACAGCCUAAAGAAAGCUCUGAUGAUGAGAGGUCUUAUUCCAGAGUGCUGUGCUGUUUACAGAAUACAAGAUGGAGAGAAGAAGCCAAUUGGCUGGGACACUGACAUUUCCUGGCUCACAGGGGAGGAGUUGCAUGUGGAAGUCUUGGAGAAUGUGCCACUCACAACACACAAUUUUGUACGAAAAACAUUCUUCACGUUAGCAUUUUGCGACUUUUGUCGAAAGCUGCUUUUCCAGGGAUUCCGAUGCCAGACAUGUGGCUACAAAUUUCACCAGCGCUGUAGUACAGAAGUGCCACUGAUGUGUGUUAAUUAUGACCAACUUGAUUUGCUGUUUGUCUCCAAGUUCUUUGAACAUCACCCCAUACCGCAGGAGGAGCCCUCCUUAGGAGAGACCACCCCAGCAUCUGGAUCAUACCCCUCAGCACCCCCCUCAGAUUCUGUUGGACCACCAAUUCUCCCUAGUCCUUCUCCUUCAAAAUCCAUUCCAAUCCCACAGCCCCUCCGACCAGCAGAUGAAGACCAUCGGAAUCAAUUUGGGCAACGUGACCGAUCCUCUUCAGCUCCCAAUGUUCACAUCAAUACAAUCGAGCCAGUCAAUAUUGAUGACUUGAUAAGAGACCAGGGUUUACGAGGAGAGGGAGCCCCUUUGAACCAGCUGAUGCGCUGUCUUCGGAAAUACCAAUCCCGGACUCCCAGUCCCCUCCUUCAUUCUGUCCCCAGUGAAAUAGUGUUUGAUUUUGAGCCUGGCCCAGUGUUCAGAGGUUCAGCUGCAGGUUUGUCUGCAACACCUCCUGCCUCUUUGCCUGGGUCACUCACCAAUGUGAAAGCGUUACAGAAAUCACCAGGACCCCAGCGGGAAAGGAAAUCAUCCUCAUCCUCAGAAGACAGAAAUAGAAUGAAAACUCUUGGUCGACGGGAUUCAAGUGAUGAUUGGGAGAUACCAGAUGGACAGAUCACAGUUGGGCAAAGGAUAGGAUCUGGAUCAUUUGGAACAGUCUACAAAGGAAAAUGGCAUGGUGAUGUGGCAGUGAAAAUGUUGAAUGUUACGGCACCCACACCUCAACAGUUACAGGCUUUCAAAAAUGAAGUAGGAGUGCUCAGGAAAACACGACAUGUGAAUAUCCUGCUUUUCAUGGGUUAUUCAACAAAACCCCAGUUGGCUAUAGUUACACAAUGGUGUGAGGGGUCCAGCUUAUAUCACCAUCUGCACAUCAUUGAGACCAAAUUUGAAAUGAUCAAACUAAUUGAUAUUGCACGACAGACUGCACAAGGCAUGGAUUAUUUGCAUGCCAAGUCAAUCAUCCACAGAGACCUCAAGAGUAAUAAUAUAUUUCUUCAUGAAGACCUCACAGUAAAAAUAGGUGACUUUGGUCUAGCUACAGUGAAAUCACGAUGGAGUGGAUCCCAUCAGUUUGAACAGUUGUCUGGAUCUAUUCUAUGGAUGGCACCAGAAGUUAUUAGGAUGCAAGAUAAAAACCCAUACAGCUUUCAGUCGGACGUGUAUGCAUUUGGGAUUGUUCUUUAUGAAUUGAUGACUGGACAGUUACCAUACUCAAACAUCAACAACAGGGACCAGAUAAUUUUUAUGGUGGGACGAGGAUACCUGUCUCCAGACCUCAGCAAAGUACGGAGCAACUGUCCAAAAGCUAUGAAAAGACUAAUGGCAGAAUGCUUAAAAAAGAAAAGAGAUGAGAGACCCCUUUUUCCACAGAUUCUUGCCUCCAUUGAGCUUCUGGCCCGGUCGUUGCCAAAAAUUCACCGCAGUGCAUCUGAGCCCUCAUUAAACCGGGCUGGCUUCCAGACAGAGGAUUUUAGUCUAUAUGCUUGUGCUUCUCCAAAAACACCCAUCCAAGCAGGGGGAUACGGAGAAUUUGCAGCGUUCAAGUAGCCACAGCACCAUGGCAGCACCCACUCUGUUACUUAAGUCUUGUGUUCCGACAGUUUCUUAACAUCCAAACUCUAUUCUGCUCCGCAAAACCUAAAGUAAUUUAGAAAAGAUAUCCAUAAGCUUAAAAGUGGAGCAGAAUGGAACUGCCAGUCCAACACAAUGGGAAAAAGUACCUUUUUGGGAACCAGAAUCCUCUGCUGCCAGUGUUUCUCCUUCAACACAAACCACCAUGUGCAUUCGGAGACCCGCAGUGCUGCCUGUGCCGUUGGCAUCAUUCCCGGGAGAGAGGAGAGGGCGCUCAUGGUUUGACUGUGGUGCUCGGGCAUGAGGGGAUGGAACUGCUGCUGCAACUUAGGAGACUUGCUUUGGAUGGUCUGCCGGUCAGCUUUCUCCCUCUAACAACGUACCAUCAGAGGCCGAAAAUCUGAUGAGUGCUAAUUUACAAGAAUCAUCCUCUGUUCUGAUCUUUUUUUUCCCGAUGUACUCACUGGUUUAUGGACAACGCAGUAUCCCCUUUUCACUGUAUUACAACAUCAAACACCUAAAUCCGUCUAUAUUAUUGGGGUUUACUCCGAUAAAGUUAAAAGCGGGGGGCGAUGGGAGCUGGAGAAGAUGUGACUCUAAGGCAGUGAGGUUAAUCUGAAGGAAAAGGGGAUGCUGCUGCACCUUUUUUCAGAUAUACUUUAUCACUUCUUCAAAAAACAUACAACCACCACCAACCUUAACCUGUUUCCUUUUCCAGUGUUUUCUUGGUGUAUGCAUAUACAACAUCUUUGAGAAGGAUUAGGUAGAUCCUUCUUUUUGAUCCAGCAACAAACUGAAGUUUAAAAAGCAAAACAAAAAAUGUAGCGAGAUUGUCCUCUCUUACUCUUUUUCUUUUGUAUCAUAUGAUACAAUGUAUUUAUCAAAGAUGCUACCACAGCAUCUGAAGUCUGUAGAAUUCCCGAUACAGACUGUGAAUGGUGUAUGUACCUACUUUAAAAGUUUUAUUUUAAAAGAGGGUGCAGGUUAAUGCCAGGUACCUUACCGAGAUGUAAUGUUUUCAUAAACGGGGAAAAAAGUUCUCAGGUUGAAUUGAAUACAAAUCCAAACCCCCCUAGAAUUAGACAUUCCGAAAAAUUAUGUUUUGGUACUUUCAAGAGCUUUUUUUAAAGGAUUUUUAUCCUGUUAACUAAACGUCCUCUGAUAAGUGUGUGUGUAAAUGUGGAGCAUCUUGUCCUAAUGGCAAGUUGUUAGAUCAAAACAAAACGGUACUUGCUGGAUCCACGCUGACUACUUCUCCUCUCACAGCUUUCUGCGCUGUCAUCUCUUCCCUUCCAUUUGUCUUUCCCUUAUGUAUGCUUUGCAAACUAGGAUGAAGGUGGCGGUAUUUCCACUAGAGUGCUUUGUUUUCCUGUCCUCCAGUCCUGGUUUUCAGAUGGUUGAUAGCUUUUUCACAAGUUACCCAGUCAGGGAAGAAGAAAAAACCCAACUCAUCAAGUUCUGCACAUUGUUUACCUCUCAUAGAGUAUGUUGUGAUGUGAUCUGUUUGCAGAGUUCUCUGGUAUGUGAUAUUACAUGUAAAUUAUCUGUACAGAGGCAAGUCAGACCACAUGAGAAAGAAAUCCAAGUUCAGACAGAAGUUUUCAGAGUUUGAUUUGCAUCUGCCCUGUAACACUCCAAGUGAGGCAGGAGAACUGAUCCCCCCCCCUCUAGCAGGGAGGUACUUGCCGGGAAGGAGAGGGGUGUUAAUCAUGACAAAUAAAUGAAGGAGUUAAAUGUGUGUGAAUGUGGUGUCCGUGCUAAACAUGGGUAUAUUGGGUGAGGACACUGUCCUUCCCUCCCUAGGAGAGCUGGACUGUUUCUGUCUGUAGAAGGUUGCUCCCAGGUGAAGGGAGAAACGCACAUCAGUAGUGGGACAUAGUGUUAAACCCCUGGGGUUCUGCAGUGUUGCUGGUAGUUUGUUAUGUUUGUCAGUAAAUAUUUACUGGGGUUACAGGGACCGGACUAAUCUGAAGUGGGAAUUAUAACUGAAAUACUGUGUAUUCAUAUUAAUUCCACAAGCAUUAGCAAGACAGCAAUAGUGAACGACUUGAUAGUCACUACAAGAAUGAAGUGAUUCAUGUUGCUACAUGAAUAGAUUUGAUUUUGUGUACAGGAUGCAUUUAAAAAAAUACACAAAAAAAGCAAAAAAAAAAAAGCACAAUUUUUUCUUGUCUGCUGUGGGUCUUCAGAUGCUGUAAGGUUUCUCCUUAUCGAGAUUGGCAGGAAUUUAAACAGUAGCAAUAGCCACUUCCCAGCGUGGAGAAGUUGAUGAGCAAACUGGCGUGCAUAUGGUGAAAUCAUAGUGCUCCCUGGUGAUCAUCUGAGGCCAGUACCUAAGAGGUAGAAGGGGCCAGGGCCACUGUGGUCAGCAGGCAGGUGGGAGCAUUCACAGACAAACUCCCAGAGGAUGAAGUAGUCGCUGCUCAUUCUCCUUCUGUGGCCCCAUUUGUAGGUGUCGGACAUACUGGAAAUGAAUAUUCUCUCGAAAGAAACUUAUUGGAGCAAGGUGGUUCAACAGUCAUUUGUUUCACAGAGCCUUCUUAAAAACCCUGGUUUCCUUCCACAAGGUCACGCUGGGGGAAGAUUGUCUGCUAAAAUAUAACUGUUAGGAAUUGCAUUCACCUUUGCUUAAAAUUAACUUAUUUUUGGUGAAGAUUCAUUACCCAUUAGUCUACAAUAUGCUUCUUGAGCCCAUAGGAAAAGCACAAGGAAAAUUGCUAUCCUUGUCCAUGCAAAGCACUUUAUAAGUAACACAUUAUCUCUCGUUUUGUUUUAGGAUUUUGGGGUUUGUUUUGUUUCAGUUUUGUUCUGUUGUUUGUGUUUUUUUUAAUGGGGUUUGUUUGUAGUUUUGUUUUUCUGGGGUUUUGGGAGGGGAGUUGGGAGUUUGGGUUUUUUUCUUUUUCCCUAAGGAAUGUGCAAGUUGUUUGGCUGCUGUUUAGGGAAGUCCUUUCAGGAUGCAUUUCUACUGGUUUUCACGUUUGUUGCCCUCCAGAGAGCUGUAGUAGUGUGUGUUUGUCUGUAAAAGGUCCCAUGUAAUACUCAUGCAAAACUUUGGAAGAAAUUUGGUUUGUAGAUAAUUGGGAUUUUAAUUUUUUUUUAAUCUUUUCCUUUGGGAAUUUUUCUGGAUGUCUUGCAUGCCAUCAGAACCAGGCUUAAAGGUGCCCUAUAGCUGUUUAGUGAAUGGGGAGGUAAGAGUAGACGAGAACUGAGUGCCCUGUAUAGCAGUGGGAUGAAGGAGAUAAACUGAAAUGACCAAUGUGUUCAUGUCCAUUACACCAAAUUUCUCAAGUUUCUCUGUGGUGUCCGAACCACAAGCACAUGCCAUAUUAUGGAUAUGUUAGUUCCCUGGCAGUUUUCAAUGCCAGGCUGGAUGGGGCUUGGAGCAACCUGGUCUAGUGGAAGGUGUCCCUGUCCAUGGCAGGGGGGUGGAACUGAAUGAGCUUUAAGGUCCCUUCCAGCCCAAACCAGUCUGUCGUUCUGUGAUGAUUCUAUGAUUUUGAGUGUGCGUGUUGGGACAAACAUCCAGACAGUCAUACUGCUUUUAGCUCUACAGUAUCUAGUACCUAAUCAUUUGGAAAACUACUGGUAUCCAGUCACAGAUAUUCAUGCCUUUAUUAACCACACAUAUACCUUCACCUCUGCCUUUCCUUUUCCAUACAGUUAGAAGAGGCCUGUUAUCUGUUACAUCUUCCCUGUCAGUACAAGAUCAUUUCCUGUGGCAUAUUUGCCAGAACUGGAACGUAAUAAUGGAGCUUAAACCAAACGGUAUGAGCAUAGAGGCCUGGUUAUUUUGGAAGUCAUUUCUGCUUGAACUAAGUCCUACAUAGCCCCAGAUACGAUUAGCCCAAUCAUUUCUUUAUUGCUAAUGCAACUCAUGCUGGCCAUUAAAUGAAGCCACUUCCUGGUUUUCACACUUACUCAAAAUCAUCCUUCUUUGCACCUGAAUGCUCUAGCAGCUGCUGCUGAUGCAGGAUGUUUGAGGCCAAAUACUGCCAUCUUAUCGUGGCCUGUCAAUAUUACUUGGAUUAGUACAUGCUCAGUAGAAGUAGAAUUUGGCCUUCAUGCCAUAAAAUGAGUAAAUGCUGACUGUUUAUAAUUACCACGUCUUUCCACAAAAGCCCAAAUCAGGGGAAGAAAAUACACUGAAGAUCACACAUAAAUAGGUUUGCUUCUGUAUUUACCUGUUGAUGUCAAUGCAUCCAGCAUUUAACAGACCAUGCAGGGAAGCAAGAUUGCCAGACACCUCACAAACAAGUAUAAGUUGACAUUUUGAUAGGUGGAGGGGCUAAAUUUAGGGAAGAGGCAUGUAGACAUUUCACACUUUGCAGCCUAUAGAUUUCAUUGCCUUCUAUGACUGUGAGUGUAGCAUGUGUAGCACAAACUGUUCAUAGUACUGUAGAUGAUGUGUCUUCUGUCUGUUGAAAAAAGUAUCACCAGUAGCACAAUGUGACAGGCAAAGCUUCUAGGUACAGUCAAGUUCGGUCAAAAAGCAAUUGCAUGAGAGGACUGUUAGGCCAUCACUUUGAAGGUGCUGGGUGUUCCAGUUUUCUGUUAUGCAUCUUAAAUAGAAGUUUGUGAAAUCAGUGUUCCGUUGACUGCAUCCCUGUUAAUAUGCGUUUGCACUUCACAUUUGUUUUGGCAUGCAUUUUAAAUGUCUAUCUUCAUUGCUUCAUUACUUCUUGCUUAGUAAAUGGAAUCAUCAGAAGAACAGAGAAAAGUUGUUAAAACUUUUUCCCUGCUUUUAAGUUUCAAGGAUGCUAACACAGAAGCUACUGAGUCAGCACCGUGACAGCAGUAAGUAACUACGAAACUGUGGAAGGACAAAACAUGAAGAACUGCAGAUGAAAACUAGCCUCUCUCUUCUUUAGAACAGAGAGCUACCAAGACUGUCCCUUUGUUGCAUGGUUUGUGUAGGGAUCCCCCCCAACAGUCUUUGCAGUUUGCCAAAUGAUCAUGUGCCUUCACAACCUUAAGAAGUCCAACAGAAUGUAAACCAGGUGCUUUGUAACUAGAGCAGUGGCUUUGGUUUACUUCUGCUGCAGUAGUUUUGUACAUAGCUAUUACUUUAUAGGUAGGUAGUUUGGAGUUGGUAAACUUCCGUAAAGUAGCAAGGAGAGCAGACAGCAUUCCCCAAAACACCUAUUACCAUUUCAAAGCUAGAACUGAAGGAUUCCUAAUUCAGUUACAGGAAACCUGCUGCUCGAAAUCUGCUCUAUCCAAAGUUAAAAGAGGUUCAUUUAAUUCAGAAUAAGCCCUCCUCCCACUCCAAAGACACAAAGAUCUUGUUAAAGGAAGGUAAUGGAAAGCCCUGAAGAGGCUCAAAGUUACACAGUUACAAUAUUACACUGUUAUAGCUCCUUGGAAUGUGAUUGUAGAUGAAAAAUGAGAGCUGAAUGAGGAGAAAUUGAUGGCUAGUACUUGUGUAAUCUAAGUGUGCAUAUAUCAGACUAUACACUCAAUUCCCUGGCCCAGAAAGUGCUAUUAAUUGCUUUCUGGAACAUCAGCAGGUUUCCUUAGCUAUUUUUUGGCCUCUUACAGUAAUGCAUACUGUUACUGCACAUUAACUGUGGGAGAUGGUAGGUGUCUUGUCAACUGAGGGGACCCCCCAGUGUGUUUGAAUUUGAUUUGUUCAAGUUUCAAACCUCUUACGUAGACUUGCGGCAGUACUUAACAUACCAGUGUCAUAUUUACCUACCUGUCCAUAAAAGACAAAAUAAUGGGCUUUGGUAUUAGUGCUUUUUCAGAUUUUUUUCUUCUCUGGGGCAAGACUUUAGGCAUAAUUGUGAAUUAUUGUUAUGUCUAAAUGCACAGUUCAUACAAAAUCUCGGAGCAGUUUUAAUUUGGCUUUGUUCCUGUUAGGCAGCAAAGUGUAAAAAUGUUUUACUCAUGUUUCAGGAUCUAUCUGGAAUCCUUCUGCCUACCCCAAAUUCUGCACUAAAAGUACAUGUUAGGACAUGGAUAAACUAUUACACCAAGAGAAGGGAGCUGAUGGGAGAGUUUAGAAUCUUCUAAACUACCUAGGCAUUUGCUUCACAGUAUCACAGCAGCAGUGUCUUCAGCUCAUCCAGCCUCCUUAAGAGCCAGCAGUGGCUGUGCGGUCAUUUGGUCUAGUUCGUCCCGUUUGCAGCAGCUGUACUGUAGAAUAAGCCUUGUGUGACAUGUACUUUUGAGCGAGUAAACCACAAAAAAUAACUGUUUGCUUUUUUGUUUGGGUUUGGAAAAUGGCUGGGUUUUGUUUUGCUAAGAUGUUGUUAUUCUGUGUUGCAUUGGUGUAUUCACCAGGGUUGUAGAAAAGAUCUCUCUCUGGUUGGGAGCUCAGUGGAACAUUAGGAGAACUGCAGGCUGCCAGCUGGGCAAGGCUGUUGGGUCUAGGGGGCAAAAUGGACCAAACUUGGGUUAUUUUGGGAUGGUGGGAGGGGUUCCGAGGGCAUAAUUUAAGUUAACUCUGUCUAAAAUAAAAUGUAAGUGCAAUAAAUGUGCUUUUUUUUUAUUCAAAGCUGUGAACCUUUAGAAAAAAAAAACAUAAAAAAAAAACAAACAAAAAAAAAAGCACAUCAUUCCUUCAUGAGCCUUGUGUCCUACCUGCCUUCCCUUCCUCCCCCUCUCCACACUUCUCAAUGGACAGAAACCCAGCAGCGCCCAACCUGCACGUGUUGGCUACCCCCAUUAGCGUUGCUUUUCUUUUGGUCUCAUUUGUUGGGAUUGGGGAAAGCCCUGCCCCCUACUCUCUGCUCCCUGGAUGUUCCGUUGGGAUCUGGCACUGACCUGUGCUGCUGGAACAGGGUCUGCUGCUGCUGGGGAGGCAGGAGCCAGCACUAUGACAGCAGUGCAGUGCUUCUCCUGCCCCUUCAUCCUCCCCUCAUAUCAGGGGUAGUUGUGGUCUCCCAGGGCUGAGCAGGUGACAUUUUCCUACAGCAGCCGUAAACGUAGUUGGUCACUGGGUGCCCAAUGGAUUCCUUUUCCCCUCUGCCUAGACACACGUGCAGGCUGGCCACUGCUGGCUUCUGUGACUCUGCCUUGUUUUGAAGGAGCAGGUAUAGGUGUUUGUAAUCCAUUGUGCAUUACUUGCACUGUCUCUCUCUCUUACUUGAGCGCAGGCUGCUUUUCCUAGAUUAGGGAAGGUGCACUGGCCUCCUGGGGGGUUUCAUGAGAGGCACAAGGUGUUUGUUUCAUUAGAGAGUGAUGGAAGGUGUAGCACUCCAUAGCUGGACCCCAUGGGGGAGUGAGAGAGGACUGGCUUGUUUAAAGUUUAUAGAUACACAGAUCUAUAACCUUUAAACUUUAUUAUUUUUAUAUAUAGUCAAGACAAUGGCAUUACCUCAUAAUACAGAGGCUUGUUUAUGAGAGGCAAAGUAUCUAGUAAGGAGAGGAAAGGGAAAUUUAUAUACGGAGUUGAUUUCUUUUUGUCUGUUUGUUUGUUCCUUAGUGCAAUGAAGUGUAUGUCCCACUGAUUUAAACUGUGUGCUAACACAUUCCUUUCAGCUGUAUUUUUCGUUUUUUGACCACCAGAGGUUUGCAAGGGGCUUGUAACUGCAAAGUAGAAGGUCCAGUCUGGUUACUUAAAAACAACCAACCAACCAACCCAAUUGUGUUAGUAGAUUUCCAUAGCUGCUUUUUAAAACCUACAAUGGAGUAAUUGUUUUGAAACUUGUAUUUAUUUUUUACUUCAUUACAAAAUGUUUAUUUUUUGUUUCCUGUUACGUAGGUCAUGGCAACCCCCCCCUUCUUUCCUUCUCGAGUUUCCCCUGUAAUUGCCAAUACAACUUCUUUUUUCUUGUUUGUUCCUUCCCCCUUUACUUUUGUUGUCCCUUCAUUUGUACUUUGGAGUUUUUCUCAUGUAAAUUUGUACAAUGGGAAAUAUUGUCCAGUUUGGUUAGAGAGCAUGGAGACUUAAAACAUAUUAAAAUUUGAUAGCUGAAUUCAGAUUGAAGAAAACUAUUUCUGUGUAAAGUUAUUUAAAGAACUCUGUAUUAUAUAAAAGGCAAAAAGUUCUAUGUACUUGAUGUGAAUAUGAGAAUACUGCUAUAAUAAAGAUUGACUGCAUGG